GCGACGCAAAGUUUCUUCCAACACGCACGAUUUUCCAGCCUGGCCUUUUUAAACCAAGCUUGUAGACACUCGGUACAGAUGGGAGAUAAAGAAAUGAGUUCCGGUAAGUCUGUGAAGACAAAACACACAGCCGUGAAAAACUUCGAGAGGUGGAAGAAGAAAUACGAGAGGACGAAAGCUAUAGUGAAGAGGAAGAGAGCGGCGGACAAGAAACCCGCGUGGCAAGUGGAGCAGGAGGACAUCAACAGACUCGUGAAGCGGUACGAACACAUCAGCACCAAGGACGUGCUCAAGUUUUCAGACUUCCCCAUCUCCAAGAAGACCCUGCUGGGUCUCCAGGAGCAUCAGUACCGACAGCCCACCGAGAUCCAGAAGCAGACCAUCGGCUUCGCUCUGCGAGGGAGAGAUGUCCUCGGCGCGGCCAAGACCGGCUCCGGGAAGACGCUAGCCUUCCUCAUCCCGGUGCUGGAAUGUCUGUACCGCCACCAGUGGACUUCCAUGGACGGUCUUGGAGCCCUCAUCAUAUCCCCCACUCGAGAACUGGCCUACCAGACUUUUGAAGUCCUCCGUAAAGUGGGCAAGAACCACGACUUCUCAGCAGGACUCGUCAUCGGCGGUAAGGACCUGAAAACCGAGUCAGAAAAGAUCGCUAACACCAACAUUGUGAUCUGCACCCCGGGUCGGAUGCUCCAGCACAUGGACCAGACCGCCACCUUUCAAGCUACCAGCCUGUUCAUGUUAGUCCUGGACGAGGCGGACCGGAUCCUGGACCUGGGCUUUGCAGACACGCUUAAUGCUAUAGUGGAGAACCUCCCCAAGACGAGGCAGACCCUGCUGUUCUCUGCAACCCAGACCAAGUCCGUGAAAGACCUGGCCCGGCUCAGCCUAAAGGAUCCGGAGUACGUCUGGGUCCACGAACAGGCCCGGUUCAGCACACCGGCUUCAUUGGAGCAGAACUACGUGGUGUGUGAGCUCCACCAGAAGGUCAACAUGCUCUACUCCUUCAUCAGGUCUCACCUGCACAAGAAGAUCAUCGUGUUCUUUGCCUGCUGUAAGGAGGUCCAGUACCUGUUCCGGGCCUUCUGCCGCCUCAGGCCCGGGACCCCCAUCAUGGCCCUGCACGGCAAGCAGCAGCAGAUGAAGCGGGUGGAGGUCUACAACAUGUUCCUCAGGAAGCAGAACGCCGUGCUCUUCGCCACCGACAUCGCCGCCAGGGGCUUGGACUUCCCUGCGGUCCACUGGGUCCUGCAGGUGGACUGUCCAGAGGACGCGGACACCUACAUCCACAGGGUGGGCCGAACCGCCCGCUACAAGGAGGGAGGGGAAGCCCUGCUGCUUCUGCUGCCCUCCGAGGAGGACGCCAUGGUGGCCCAGCUGCAGGACAAGAAGGUCCCCAUCAACAAGAUCCAGGUGAACCCAGAGAAACUGCAGAACGUCCAGCAGAAGCUCCAGGCCUUCCUGGCCCAGGAGCAGGAGCAGAAAGAACGAGCCCAGAGGUGCUUCGUCUCCUACCUGCGCUCGGUCUACCUGAUGAAGAACAAAGACGUGUUUGACGUCUUUAAGCUCAACAUCGAGAACUACGCUCUGUCCCUGGGUCUCGCCGUGGCUCCCAGGGUCCGCUUCCUGCACAAAGCUCAGGCACAGAGGGCGGAGAAAGAAGAGAAGCCGUCUGAUGAAGAGGAGGAGCUCAGGAGAUUUAAGUCCCACUUGAGAGGACCGUCGCCUCAGGAGGACAGUCAGCCCAGCGAGGAUGACGACGACGAUGGCAGCGACGAAGAUGCGGAUCAGCCCUUUGCAGCCCAGCCCGGUGCGGACGACGAGGAAGAUCUCCGGGACUUGGAUCUGCUCACGGUGAAAAGGAAGGACGUCUUCAAUCUGGAUCAGGAUCAGCAGCAGGACGAGGAGCAGGCCAAGGCCUCCAAGAAAAAACUGGAAAAGGAAACAAAAUUUAAAGAAGCCAAAAAGCUCCUCAGGAGAAACUUCCAGGUGAACACUAAAGUGACGUUUGACGCUGAAGGACAGGCCGUGCAGCUGUGGCCCCCCGUGCAGCGGGCGGUGACUGACCAAGACCCUGACGAAGAGGACGAGGUUUCGGGCAUCAACGUGGAGAAGGCCAAGGAGAGGCUGAGGCGGGAGGAUGAGGAGUUUGACAAGGCAGAGUACAGACGCAGGGUGAAGGCCAAACAUCGAGAGAAGAGGCUGAAGGCCAAGGCAGCCAGGAGGGAGGCCAGCAAGCGCAGCCGUGGGGUCGACGAGGACGACGAGGAGGACGAAGUCGCAGCCUACCUGGCCAAUAACAGCGAAGACGAGUUUGACCCCAGCACACUGCCGGAUCCUGACCAGCAGCACUCCUCUGACCAGGAGGAAGAGGAGGAGAGGGAGGAGAAGAAGGAGUCAGCCAAACAGCAGCACAGCAGCGAUGAAGAGGAGGAGGAGGAUGACRGUGCAGCAUCCCUUUCCAAUAACAGUGAAGAUGAGUUUGACCCCAGCACACUGCCGGAUCCUGACCAGCAGCACUCCUCCUCYKMKGAGGAGGAAGAGGAGCAGCAGAGGGAGUCAGCCAAACGGAAGCACAGCAGAGAUAAAAAGGAGAAGCUUUCUUCAGGGAAGAGGAAGAAGAUGAAGAAGCAGGAGGAAGCACACGCUGCUUUGGACACGGGACUGUCUCUGGCUGAGGAUGAGGAGUUAGUUUUACAUCUGCUGGGGGGACGAAGGUAGAGACAAAAUGUCAAACCUGUGCAGACAUUAGCUUUUUGUUUCCCACCUGGACAAAUAUGGAGAAAGGAAAUUAGUCAUAAAUUAAUCUUAAAAUCAAAGUGAUGCAUGAUAAAGAUAUAAAAGUUUGUUCACAAUUAAAAUAAUGUAAAAAAAUCACUAAAUCUUUUCAUUUCUUGCUAAUUUAUAUAAGGACAAGUAUUAAAUACCACACUAUAACAUUUA